AUGAUGCUGCUCUCACUGACCAGAUGUAGGCUUCCUUCACUGUCCCCCCCCCCCUCCACACACUCCUCUUUCUCACUCCACACAAACAUACAGACCGGAGUGCUCUUUGUCUGCUGCUCCGCCCACCCUCUGCCACACCGUCUUCCCGUCGCUGUGCCCGGCUGCCAUCCCUCCCAUAAGUGCGUUCUCCCCCCCCCCUCUGUGCCCUCCACUCAACUCUUUUCCCUCGCCGUCCGUGUAGCCCCACCACCACACACACACACACAGCACUUCAGCAGCACCCACGCGUCUCCCCCCAUCCCACCCCCACAUACCCGCAUUUGUGCUGCAGGCAUGGCGGCUGAGACGAAGCCAUCGCAGCAGCAGCAGGAGCAGCCGAACGACGCCCGCCCGCCCCAAAUCGUAGUGCGGAAGCAGGGCAUGUAUGAGCGGGGCAGGUGGUCCACGCGCAUCCUCACCAUCGACGUCGACGCCGGCACGGCCACCAUCAGCCGAAAGAGCAAACCGCAGGACGUCUUGUACCGCUCCCUCCACGUUCAGAAGGUGGAGAUGUGGCCGCACUAUAGCCCUUACGCGAUCGAAAGCAGCUAUGACUCCUUGAAGGCGAAGAUGGUGCUGUGUAUCACAGGCACGGAGGUCUCCCUCACGAAUCACGGCUCCUCCGUGGGCAGUUUUCUGCGGAGUAACAUCGGGCCACUCAUCUCUGCGUCCGUAGUCGCGGAAAACGCAUCUUGGUCGGCGAAACCCUCGAAGCACGUCCGACUAAAAGGGAUCUUUGCGAAGAGGAACCCUAUGUUUGCCACAAUGGCCUCGAACUCCGCCGCCACGGAUAGGUCGACUCUAACGUGGCUCAUACACUGCACCUCUAUUGAGUCCUAUGAGCUUGCUGUGAUGCUAUUCAUGCGGUUUAAGAAUGAAGGCGGGGCGAGGCGGAAGGUCUUUUCGAACAACGUGGUGGCAGACCUGGCGUGCGUAAAGAGGGCGUGGAUAAAACAUGCGGCACGCUUUAAGACCGCCACGGACGCCGAGACCUCUUGA